GCCAAAGAUCAACUGAACAACGCCUUGCAGCUCAACCGACAUGACCUGACGUACAUGACACUGGGGAGAAUCCACCUGAUGGAGGGGGAUCGAGACGCAGCCAUUGAAAUCUAUAAAAAAGCAGUGGAAUUCUCUCCUGAAAACACAGAGCUCCUUACAAUUCUGGGCUUGCUUUACCUCGAG